AUGCAGGCCCAGUUCGCCCCACAAGCCAUCGCCGACGAGGCACCAGCCACUUUGGGUGGACCCACUAGGCCGGUGCAGGCUGCCGCUGGCGUGGACCUGAACUUGCGGCGUCCAACUGUCUCACCGGCUGUGCGGGGUGGGCAGCAAUCAUGGCCACAAUCUGUUCAAAGGAUGACACACAUUGAAAAACCUGUCAAUGACGAGUAUCUCGGCGAGAUUGAACAAUUUUUUCAGUUAUUGGGUGGAUAUGCAGAGGUUGGGGAGCAGCUUGCCUAUGUACCUCAACCCAGGCAAUAUGUUGUGACAAUUUAUAUCACACUUGCAAUGCGUGAGGAGAUCAAUUGCUUGCGGCAGCAGGUAGCUGUACCACGGGGUGUAACAGCAGCAGAGGCACCAGCAGCAGAUCAAGUGUGUAACUGGCAUUACGUUCCUGUAUUCACUGUAAGCCCUCAUGAUGAAUGCAGAGCUUUUGCAACAUCUUCUGAAGAGCCAUUUUUAGGCGUUUGUGCAGCGCAGGGCCCACAAGCUAUUGUUGAGCAGGAAUCUCAGGGUUUACGGGAUCACAUCAAUGCUCAAAACAAUCAGUUCAAGAGAGAUUACCUGCCCCGCGAUCCGGCGGCAGUUUUGAGUCUUGAGAGCUUUGUGCAAAGAAAGCUGAGGCAUUGUUGGGGCAGGUUGAGAGACUUGAUGAGGACAAGCUUGAUUCCCCCCAAUGCGAAUCACCCAGAGGCGGCUGGCGGCGACGAUAGGGCCAAUCAAUCUCACCUCAGAGCGCGCAUUGCAUAUCUCAGGAUCCAAACCAUAACACAGGCAAAGGCCGCCUUUACCGUACAGCAAAUGGACCCCAAUUCAAUCAAGUUACCAACGGAGCAGGAGGUGGAGGAGCGGAUGCUCGCCAACGCUGCCGAUGACGCGCCUGUUGAGCAGGAAGCCGGCCUCAAUGGCUGA